AUGGUUUUGACCUUUGCGCCGGAAGCUUCUCUCUUGCCGUGUCCUUCCUCAUCGUGGUCGGAUUCACCCGGAAAGAAAAGAAUGAACGAGAUUGGAAUCACAGAGCUUACAAGCUCUGUGAUUCCGGAACCCGUAAAUGCUAAUUUUAGAAUGCCGCCGACUGUAAGAAGAGAUGUUCUCAUGGCGAUAAAAUGCCUCGACAUCCGCGGACACGAGAACCUGCGUCAAGACACAGAGGAGUUCUUUGCCAAUUCCAGGACCCGAAUGCGACGCAGGGACACCCUGGAUGUUGUAGUGCCCAAGGAUUCCGUUUUUGGGCCACAAUUGGGCAAUGCUCACUGCAGUUGCUGUCCGCACAACAGGGCCACUGAUGAUGGCUUCUGGCGAUGUCCGGAAGACCAGGACUACUGGGACAGGAGUUGGCCACCGAAGGCUGCCAAACGUGGACCUGAGCAUUGGGAGUCGAGAAAUGUGAAAGAAAGGACGAGACGAAUCCUGGACAUGAUCGAACGAGGGCCACUGUCGAUGAAUUGUGAAUUGAAAACUGACAUGCUGCUCAGUCCAGACCACAGUAUCGAGAAGCCUAUCCCGAUAUUCAACGCACGAAAGCCAGUUUACUUCGACAGGUUGUUGUAUGUCGAGUCGAGAAAUGUGAAAGAAAGGACGAGACGAAUCCUGGACAUGAUCGAACGAGGGCCACUGUCGAUGAAUUGUGAAUUGAAAACUGACAUGCUGCUCAGUCAAGACCACAGUAUCGAGAAGCCUAUCCCGAUAUUCAACGCCCGAAAGCCAGUUUACUUCGACAGGUGCUCACGUAACAGGUACCGAUUGCUGAGUUCCUUAUGGAGCACGGGCCCUCGAACACCGGAAGAGGUCACGGUUGUGGACGACCGGAAAGCCUCGAGGGACCUGGAAGAAGAAGACCCAAUCGGGGCCGGGAUCAAAGAAGAGGACUCCAAGAUAAUCCACGGGAAUUGUCCCAAGGGGUUCGGAUCGUCCCAGAACUCGGACUCGGGCUGGGAAUCCAGCGGAUCGGGUUACAACCGGGCUGCCAGCAACGAAGCUGCCAUGGGGAUCAGCAAACAGGGCAAUUUGUCCAUUGAUUAUUCCUGUUCUUGGAGAAACCUCGACCAGCACUGGUCGCUUUUCCGGUGAAAAAAGAAACAGACACUAAAACAAAAAAAAAUUCGCUACGUACAGCAGAGAAAAGUUUAAAGCAAAUGAUUUAAAGCGCAAGAUGAUCAAAGAUGAAUGAGCCGACUGCUUUUACGUCUUCAGUCUUCUUUCCUAUAGUUCUGCAGUUUAUAGCCUCGUUUUCCAUCACUAUUCCAACAAAACCAAUUUCCGUGAAAAUUAGUUUUUGGAGCCUUGAUUUUUCUACACUGGGAAGGCAGGGGGAAAAUCGAGUACCCGAGGGAUUUUUGGUUUCGAGUCCAAAAGAGUAAUAUUCCUAACAAUUCGUCCAAUAAUUGUCAGUUCUUUAAUUAAGUAGUGUUUUCUUCUAGCCAUUAUAGCAAUCUCUUUGGUUCCCCGUCAGUAGCCCACAAACCUCAUACAAAAUGCAUUCAACAAAAUUGAGCAUGAUAGAAAGGGACAGAGUGCCAAAUAAAGUUUGCUCAUCAUGUUCGCAUAACAUGGAAAUUUUCAUACGUGAAAGUCAUGGGAAAAUUAUCCAUUUCCUCGGGAUAAUAAUCUAAAAAAAAGUCUACUCAUUAACAUCACGCCCAAUCAAGACUCAACGCGGUAACUGUCAAAAAAUUCCUUGAAUUUCCUAUUAAUGUUGGGGAAACAAAUUUUUAAAAGCCUUCUGUUAAGCACAGAAUUUUUCAUGUGAAGAUCUUCCCAUUUUCUCCCAUUCCAUCGUACUGAAUAUCUAUCAUAUUGACAAAAAAUUUAAUUUUUAAUGAGCUCAACAAAUUCCAUGCUCGCCCUCCGCAUUCAAUGAAGCGUACAAAUUCUCAGUAACAAAAUUUGUGGCCAUUAAGAUUUAUAUGCAAAAGGGCAGACGAAGAUACCUCAACAUAGGCCACAAAUGCAAACAUUUAUUACAAAAACUGACAGCGGAAACUGACACGAGCUAUAAAUUUGAUUGACUAUCUGGACCACUUCUGUAUUGUUUCCUCGAACAUGUUCAUCUUGCUGAUUUUAUGAGAUGUAGUAUAGGCAGGGCCCUAUCAAUUUUUUCGAUUUAAAAUUUUUAAUGAAUUCAUACUGUAGUAAUGCAGGGAUGCCAAGCGCUGUGUAAAUAUUUUCACAGUGAACGCGAACAUGAAUUUUGAAACCCUGAAAACAUGAAUUUUCACAUGAAAUCGCAUGAGCUCUUGAGCAGCUACAGAAGUAUGGUUUAUUCCCAUGAACAUGGCCUUUUAUUAUCUUCAGUGAACCUCAGACGAGGUUCUCUUGAUUAAACCUUUUCAAAUGCUGUCUUUGUUCAAUUAUAAGGACGAGGAAGUUGACUGUAUGACGUGGCCGUCCAGUGAUCUUGCAAAAUUGUUGUUGGCGAAUAUUGAUCUGUACCAUUCGCCGAAGAAAAUGGACAAAUAGUUUUUUUUCUCUUUGCCGCGUCAUUGAAUAAGACUUUUUUUUUUAUUCCUGGCAUGUCUCUGGGUUUAUUUUCCGUGUCAUGAGAAGUUUAUCUUUCGUCAUCGUUUGCGCGUUUGUGUUUGUGAUGCACUCGUGUAUGUUCGGCCGAGCGAGAAAAAAAAAAGCCCUGAUAACGAAGCACGGAACAAAUUACGAAAAUAUUCCGAAGCGAAUUCCGAAAAUGCAUUUUGACGAUCUGUACAAAGAUUGUUCUCGUUAAGGCGAUGGAAAAAAUUGUAUUCGCCGAGGAAAGCCGUUUCUGAAAUGACUCUGAUUUCACCGUGGUUCAGCAUUGCGAGCUUCGUGUUCCCCGAUCAGUUUGAAGGGCACCACUGCAUAUUAUUUAUUGUUAUUGUUCAGGACGAAAUGUGUCAAUAAAAUUUGAUUGGUUCUGCA